UAGCGUGGACGGUUAGGAUCUAUCAGUUUCACCAUAUAAAUAUCUCCUAGUAGGGUAGGGCUGUAUUUGUUUGUUGACUUUAUUUCGCUUCCAUUUAGGGUUUUGCAGCAGCAGCGCAUAAACCCUUUAUACGGUACGCCUGCUUAUAGAUCGUAAUUGCAUAAUUGUAGACCUCAAUUACUGCGUUUGUUUAGUUACAUUGGUUCUCUCGGCUUCGGAUCUAAUGGCUCCGAGCAACGGCCCGUCUGCCGCUGAGAGAGAUCAGCUUAUUGGGAUGAUGGAGGGGGAGAUGGAGUAUAGGGUUGAAAUGUUUAACAAGCUUACUCACACAUGUUUCAACAAAUGCAUUGAGAACAAGUAUAAGGACUCAGAGUUAAACAUGGGUGAAAACAGUUGCAUUGACCGCUGCGUAGCAAAAUAUAGGCAGGUCAGCUACUGUUGGAAAGGAAUGGCGGAAAAGUCCGGUGAAAAAUCAACUUCAGAUUCAAAGUCGGUGACGUCGUCAUCAAGAACGAUGGUCACGAAUGCCAAAUUCGACUUAAAAAAAUUCGACAGUACCAAUAAUUUUGGUAUGUGGCAAUGCGAGUUGUUGGACAUCUUGUUCCAACAAGAGCUGGACGAAGCACUCGCAGACAACAAACCGGAGGAUGUUGAUGAUAAAGACUGGACGAGAAUCAACCGUCUGACGUGUGGUACAAUCCGGCUAUGUCUCUCAAAGGAGCAGAAGUAUCCAUUUAUGAGAGAGACGAUGGUGCACAAAUUAUGGAACGAAUUGGAGGACAAAUUCAUGAAAAAGAGCACAGAAAAUAAGCUCUACAUGAUGACGAAGUUAUAUCGCUUCCAGUAUUUGUCAGGUACCAUCAUGAACGAACACAUAACUAGAUUUGAUUAUCUAGUUACUGAUUUGCUGAAUCUGGAUGAGAAGAUAAAUGAUAUUGAUAAGGCGCUGCUAGCAUCACUUCCCGAUGAAUAUGAACAUAUAAUUGUUAGUAUGCUGACGGAGAAAGAAACAAUUUCCUUUAAAGAAGUUACUACUAACGAGAUCAGGAAAAAUGAUAAGUUAGAACAUAGGAGUUCGACUGGUGAAGCCCACUAUGCCUGGGGUCGUAACAAAAAAUACAAGUCGACGAGAAGAGGCAGAUCCCAGUCAAGAGGCAGAGUAGCAAAAGAUGAAUGUGUCUUUUGCUACGAGAAAGGACACUGAAAGAAAGACUGUCUCAAGCUACAAAAGAAAAAGGAAAAAACAGUAGCUGAAACAUGUGUUGCUGAUAAUAAUUAAUUAGAUUAUUCAUUUGCAUGUGCCUCAUCGGUGGCCUGCAGUGACGACUGGCUGCUGGACUCAGGAUGCUCAUUCCACAUGUGUUCCAAGAAGGAGUGAUUUGUCAAUUUUGAAAACGUUGACGGCGGAAUUGUCUAUCUAGCUGACAAUCAACUUUUCCAGAUAACUGGAGUUGGUUCGGUUUAUCUGAAGAACCACGAUGGAACAGUUAAAGUGCUGACAAAGGUUCCAUACAUACCGAAAUUUGCCAAAAACCUCAUUUCAAUGGGAGUCUUGGAAUCUAAAGGCCAUUCUAUCAACAUUCAGAAUGGGAUUCUUAAAGUGAUCUCAAGAGCACUUGUCGUCAUGAAAGGUAAAAGAAAAAAUAACUUGUAUCACUUUUAGGGCAACACAGUGGUUGGCGUAGCAGCAACAGAGAAUGAGAUGAUCAAGCUGGCAUGUAGGUGAAAAAUCCUUGCAGACUCUAGCAAAGCAAGGAUUAUUAAAGGGUACAAAGACUUGCAAACUUGAUUUUUGCGAACACUGUGUUAUGGGAAAGCAAACGCAGGUGAAGUUUGGAACAACAAUCCAUAACACUAAAGGCAUUAUGAAUUACAUUCACGCAGAGCCAAUCACAAAUUUGGAUCUCGUCCCCGCGGGAAAGAUCACUCCUAAAAGCAAGCUUGAUCUGGAGAUUUUUCCAUUGAUCUCUAAGAGGCCCCCUUGGCAGUUGUGUUUCGUUGUUGGACAGCCAUUGGGCUACUAUGGCUCUUGGGCUCUCUUUAAGCUGUCCCAUCUGAAAAAGAUUUAGGAAAGAGUCUGGUGCCUGCUCGUUGCAUACCUUGAUCGACUACUGUACGAAUAGCAUUUGCUGCCGCUGUUUGGGCGGCCGCGGGAAGAGGAAGAAUGGAAAUUUCGGCGAAAUAUCGUACUCAAUUAAUACUGAAGAAAAUUCCCAGGUAAUUGGAGAAGACACGAGGCUCACUUAAAACCCAAUUUCCUUAGACCUUUUAUAGUCCUUUUGACAGAAUUUCUCCGGCAAAAUUAAAGCAUAAUAAAUAACCGCAAAAUAACCAACACACCAGAGCAAAAUAAAGAACACCAAAUUUAACGAGGUUCGGCAAAAUUUUGCCUAUGUC